CCGCUGGCGUCCCAACAUGGCGGCGGCGAGCGGCAGCGGGCGGCCGGGGAUGUUGCUGCUCCUCCUGCCGCUGCUGCCGCUGGUGGCGGCUCGGCUGUACCGGGCCGGGGAGGACCCGCUGACAGUGCUGACGGCAGGCUCGGUGCGGCAGGCGCUGCUCAACUCCUCGGCCGCCUGGGUGGUGCAGUUCUACAGCUCGUCCUGCAGCCACUGCAUCGCCUUCGCCCCCACCUGGCGGGCCUUGGCCGGGGACGUCAAAGACUGGGAAUCUGCAAUUAGAGUUGGUGUGCUGGAUUGUGGGGAAGAAGACAACUAUGAGACGUGCAAAGAAUAUGGUAUUCACUAUUACCCAACGUUCAGGUACUUCCAAGCAUUUACAAAGCAGUUUACUACUGGAGAAAAUUACAAAGGAGCGGAUCGAGAGCUGCAAACAAUUCGUCAGAUGAUGAUUGACUUCCUACAGAACCAUUCCCAAGAGCUGAGGCCACCUGCUUGCCCACCCCUGGAUCCAGUUUUGUCCAGUGAUAUCACUUCCCUUCUUGACAAGAGCAGCCAACAUUACACUGCUGUUGUGUUUGAAAGCAAUAACUCCUAUGUUGGACGAGAGGUUAUCUUAGACUUGAUCCUGUAUGAAAACAUCAUUGUAAAGAGAGCACUGAAUUUUGAUAAGCCUUUUCUUGAGAAACUUGGUGUUACCUCAGUCCCUUCAUGCUACCUGAUACAUCCAAAUGGGUCCCAUGGGUUGAUUAACAUUUUGAAGCCUCUACGGUCUUUCUUUUCUUCGUAUCUAAAAUCACUGCCAGGUGUAAGAAAAAAACUUCUUUUACCACUUCAGCUGCCUGCUCAAGAAAACAAAGAGGAGAGUACAGAAGUGAAGGUGUGGAAAGAGUUCAAUAAAUCCAAGCUGUACAUGGCUGACCUUGAGUCUGGAUUGCAUUACCUGCUCAGGGUAGAGCUUGCUACACACAAGACACUUGAGGGAGCUGAGCUAAAGACCUUCAAGGAUUUUGUUACCAUCUGUGCCAAGCUUUUUCCUGGCCGUCAGCCUGUGGUAAAGUUGUUAGAGACCUUGCAAGAGUGGCUGGUGAGCCUUCCAUUAGACAAAAUCCCCUAUGAUGCUAUCCUCGAUCUGGUCAACAACAAAAUGCGGAUUUCUGGGAUAUUUCUCACUAAGAAAGUCCAGUGGGUCGGAUGUCAGGGAAGCAGACCAGAGCUGAGAGGUUAUACCUGCUCCCUUUGGAAGCUGUUCCAUACCUUGACUGUUCAAGCUGCACUGCAACCAAAAGCUUUGAUAAAUACAGGUCUAGAAGACAACCCCCAGGUAGUGCUCCAGACCAUGCGGAGAUACAUUCACCACUUUUUUGGGUGCCAGGCUUGCGCUCAGCAUUUUGAGGAAAUGGCCAAAGAGUCCAUGGAUUCUGUGAAGACCUUGGACAAGGCUGUUCUCUGGCUCUGGGAGAAGCACAACGUGGUGAAUAACAGGCUUGCAGGUGAUUUGACUGAAGAUCCAAAAUUUCCCAAAGUUCAGUGGCCAACUCCAGACAUUUGUCCUGCAUGUCAUGAAGAAAUUAAAGGAUUGCACAGCUGGAAUGAAGCCCAAGUCCUACAGUUCAUGAAGCAUCACUACAGCAGUGACAAUAUUCUGUAUAAAUACACAGAAAGCCAGACUGACUCCGGUGAAACAGACCAGGGAGACACAAGGGAGGGCAAGGACAAAAGCCUACAGAAGAAACCAAGUGGCAGCAGAGAAAACAAGAUCCAGGAUAAAGAGAACACACUCGAUUCAGGAUCGAAGGCAUUAGAGAAGCUAAUAGCAAAUCGUGGACCUGUCAGAGAUAGCGGUAAAAGCGCAGCUGGAUCAGCCAGCCUUAAAGAGACCAAGCAGGCUGUGUUCUUCUUAGGGAUUGGCUUUUCCAACCUAGACAUGAGUCUGUGUGUCAUCCUCUAUGUUGCAUCCUCCUUGUUUUUAAUGAUCAUGUACUUCUUUUUCCGUGUGAGGUCGAAGCGGUGGAAGGUGAAGAAUUAUCGCUCGUCUGUGUAGAGCUUUGAACCAAGUUUUCAUUGCCUGUGGCUGUUCAGUACCAGACACAGCUUUAAUAUUUAUGAUCAGGGAUUUUAUAUGCAGUAUUCCUUGUUUCAAAACCCUUCCUCCCCAAGUCGUUUCACAAGUGUUCUAGCUUGAUGCGUGGAGCUCCCUAUAAAGAACCCUCCUCUGACUGAGGCACACAGAGCUGUCCUACAGUGGCCCCUGAAGGAAGCAUUGCAUCUUUCAGUCACGACUGUUUCCAUCCCUUACCACCUCCAUCCUUUACUCAUUUUCAGAGUAAACAUUGCAUUAUGCAAUCAGCUGUGCCUGGUUGAGAGGGAAAUUGGAUAUUGGUCUGUGUACUUCAGGUUUUGGUUUUUAAUUUAUCCAGAGCUGAGGUUUUUUUUACCUCCCAGAGCACUGAACGGUUUCUGCUGUUACCUUGGCUGCUUCAUUUGGAGAAGCAAGAUUUCUGAUGUUGUUUUUUCUUCUUUUUUUGCCUUUCCACCCCUUCAGAAAAUAAGAAUUCUAUUCUGAUUAGAUCAGUUCCAAACCUCUGUGA